GCCCUUCAUCACGCAAAACUUUUCCAACCACAGACUCUCCUCUUCAUCCCUCUGUGCGUCUCGCGAUAAAAAUAGAACAAUAUUAGCCUUUUCCAAAUGAGCUGUGACACAUGUGCCACCUCCCCAGCAUGCGUGAGUAUAUAACGUCGAGGAGUACUCUGCUGUCGGAGAGCAGGACAAUAAGUCCUAAAGAAGAAAAAAAACAGACAUAAAAGGAAAUCAUUCAGGAGAACAAAGUAGUUGUGUGAUUUAUUUUUAAUAUCCAGACCUGCGCCAGGAACAAUCCGCUUCUCUCCGCCUCCUUCUGCUCUCCUCCUCUGCCUUAUCCAGCACUUGCGACCAUCCAUGAGUGUGACCAACUCCUCUGCCUAUCGAUCGGAGCGCAGUUUCCACCAGACUUCGUCCUCGACCUCGUCCUCUUGCAACCCUUACAUGGAGAAGAGCCGGGGGCUUUUCGCCGAGGAUUUUGGAUCCUUCAUGAGGCCUGGGAGUGACGCCUUGGGAUUUUCCAGUGGGGCUGGAAAUAUCAAAACUAUUGACGAUUCGUAUCAGUUUACAGUUGACGUCCGAGACUUCUCUCCAGAGGAUGUGAUUGUAACAACAUCCAACAAUCAGAUAGAAGUCCGUGCGGAAAAGUUGGCCCAAGAUGGUUCAGUCAUGAACACUUUCACCCACAAGUGCCAACUCCCUGAAGAUGUGGACCCGACCUCGGUGACGUCGUCCCUGGGCCUUGAGGGGACUCUGACGGUCCGGGCGCGCAGACAGCCGGCUAAACAUGAGCUCGCACAGACCUUCCGCACUGAGAUCAAAAUCUAGAGACAGACCGACUUCCUCAGCACAAACUCGCCACUUUUUGUGUUUUUAGAGUUAAUAAAUGUAACUUCAAUGGAUGAGGAUAUGAAUUGUCGUACGCAGACACAAAAACGUCAAAUUACCUGUUCCUACAUACAGGUUGAAACAAAAGGAGCACGAACAUGAACUUGCAGGUACCAG